CAAACAUCGAUGUUGUUGAUCUUACUUAAUUGGUGUUGGCGGUUAAUAUACCUCUAUAGAUUACCAAACAAAAUUGACAGCUGUGCUCCAGUUGUUAUUUACUGAAAGUCGUUUCCUCCCGCGUUCUUCCGCAACCAUACUGAUUGAAGCGGAACUGUGCUGAUCGUUGCAUUAACUUUGCUAUAUAAUUAGCGCCACAAGGCGAAUAAACAGAAACUUGUCGCUGUUUCAGUAAGAGAUGGACCAACUGCUCUUGGGAUAUGGCUCGUCGGAAGAGGACGACUUUCAGGAUAACGAACAGGACACUGCUACAGCUUUAGAUCAUUCCAAUGCUCCUAAUGUCGCCGAGCAAACGAUUGCUGCCGUUACGGCGAGUGCGGAUGGCCAUCAUCCAAGCAACGCGGAAAGGGCGGAGCACGACAACCCAAACAAACGCCAAAAGCUUGAUACUACUCAACUUCAUGACAGGCUGCUUCAAACCGCCAACAACGGCAGCCGCACCCCCCUCCUGCCCAACCCGUUAGCCCUGCUUGAGGCUUCCAGCAAUGAGGAGCGGCAGAGCCUUCUGCUGUCAGCGGCCGCCUCCGCCUCCGUGGCCCCGGGGGCGCUGCUGCCGCUGCAGCCGCCCCUCCGCGGCCCCUCCACCGCCCGCGUGCGCAGCUUCCCCCACGUGGUGGGCAACUUCCCCACCGUCGUACUGCUGCCCGUGGUGGGGCGCGAGGAGGCGCUAGACGCAGUGUAUCGCAAGCUGCGGCGAGUGCUACCGGACCUGGAACCCAUGAGCCAGGAUCCCGACCCGGCAGCUGCUGCUGCAGCAGCAGCGGCGUCAGCACAUGCGCCAGGCAGCCUUCGCCGGGCACCCCGGGGAGGUCACCUCAGCAGCCUGGGCAACGGCAGUAGGGGCGUUGCAGGAGGCGUUGCCGCCCCAGUGCCGCCGCCGCCGCCGCAGCAGCAAUCCCAGCGCGGAUACCACAUCAGCCUCAGCCGUACCGUGCCCAUACGGCAUCCGCAGAUCACGCCGCUGACGUCACAGCUGAGUGAGAGCCUGCGGGAUGCUUGCGGGUCCUUCAGCGUGACCCUGGAGGGCUGUCGGUCGUUCGCAAAUGAUGAGGGCACUCGGUCCUUCGUGUCGCUCAUGGUGACCCAUGGGUCCGCGCAGGUCUGCGACCUGAUACGUCGGGUGGACACGGCCUUCAAGCAGCACGGGUUACCCCCAUUCUACGAGGAGCCCCUGCCGCAUGUGUCGGUUGGCUGGCUGGCCGGCGACCAGCGUAGCAGGAUAGACGCGGCUUUGCAGCGGCUGCGGGGAACGUCCUCCCCAUCCCCACCACCACCACCACCGCCAUCACAGCCGGCAUCGCAGCAGCAGCAGCAGCAAAAAGAACGAGGGCAAGAGCUGGGAAAAGCCGCUGCGUCUGCGUGUGGAAAGGAGACGGUGGUUUGCAGCUUUCAGGUAUCUCGCGCUGUUUGUGUCGUUGGGCAGCGGGAGUAUGAAGUUUGGCGACGCUGACGUCUGACUGCCAUGACAAUGGACGUUUCGAGUCACCCCUCCUACGAAACCUACAGGCAGGUGGUUGCCGGACGAACUUUUGGCGCCAACCACAACGGCCUGACGGCACUUUCUAGGGUGGCAAUCUAAUCAUCAACAGGCUCUUCACUGGACAAUCAAACCUUGUGCUUAUUUGCAAACACUCCAAGUCUCUUGUAUGCAAGACUCUGGGCUCGUGUCGCGCACCCAGACAAAUCCAUCUGUAAAUGUCGACGUCGUCAGCACCCUCAAUGGUGAAAAUCCCACCUGAUCGCUGCUCUACGCCGUCUAUCCUGGCGUUUAGCAGGUCGCAGAUCGGUGAUGAAGCCGCUGAGGAUCGGGAAGCAGCUCCGAAGGCCUUCAUCAGCAGCAGUCGGCCACUCGCUACUCGCUUUUUCCGGAUGCGUCCUGCCGCCGUCUGCAGCAACGCCCGCUCCCGGACCCUCCUGCCCACCCGCGCUGCUGCCCUGGCCCAACUCCGCCUCCUCCGUCGCAGCCUAGCCGCAUUGCAGGCCAACAUCAAGGCCCAAUACAACGGCAGUGGCUCAAAGCUCCAAGUGAAGCGGAAGCUCCGAGGUGUGACCGGUAUCGCUAUCAGCUGCACCACCGGCAGCAGCAGGCGCCUAGGAGCGGCAGCCGUGUCCUCCCUGCAGCGAGGCCAGCAGCGGCACCAACCGCAGCGCGUGCUUCAAAUGAGGCAUCCGCACGAGCAGCAGCAGCUGCAGCGGUUGCAUUCUCAGCAACAGGGACAGCAGCAGCAAUCAAGCCAGCUGCAGGCGCACUGUGCGGUGGCAGCAAGGGCAGCCGAGGCCAGGUGGCGAGUGCAGACGGCUUUAGAGGCGCUCGGGCUGCUAGAGCGGGAGCUGGUUGCAGCCCAGGCGGGAGCUGUCGUACUGGCA